UAAGUCUCGGUGGUGGUUGAGGGAGGAAGCCGAGCCCGGUUCCAGGCGGGCUGGGUGUCUGUGUCACCUGCUCUUUCCUUGUGCCCGAUCUUCCUUGUUGUGGGACUCAGCGUCAAGUGUAGGAGUUCCUGCGGUGGAAACCGGAGCUUUCAUUCUUGCAUUAACCCUCCCCCCUUUAAAAAUCGGGUGCAUACAGCCCCCCUCUCUUCCAAGUACUGAUAUUUAUGCUCUUGCCUUUUGCUGAGUAGUGCUCGGAAUGAUUGCUCCAUUACCAUUGGCGAAGCUCAUCAAACCGAAAACCUAACACUUUGCAGAUGUUUAUUAAUGAUGAGCCUUGUUUCUUUUCCUAUUUGCUAUAGGCAAAGGUGAUGACCAGUGACUAACAGAUAAAUUUUGGAGUCUGGCUUCAUCUUGUUUGAUAUGUCAUUCACCAUGGAGAAUGUAGCCAUUAGGAGUCAAAGACCACUUGAGGGCACAUAAUCCUAUAUUAUAGUUUUCUAAUAUACUUUUCCUUUAGUUGUUUGAGUCGACAAAUGUCACUCAAUCCUUUUUUUUUCCUUCCCAGAACAACAGCUCUGUGAAGUGGUUUGGCCUGAAGGAUGCUCCUGAACUUCAGGAUCAUCUAAUCCAACCAGAGUUUUGGCCCUUCAAGAAAAAUCUUCCAGGAAAUUCUGUACAUGAUACCCCAGUUGCAAGAUGAUAGGAAAGGCAAUAUCAAAAGGCACCUAUAUUGUGGAAGAGCCUGUAGAUGCCCCCUCUAACCUUCUAGAAAGUAAUGAAGACUAGUCAAUUCCAGAAGAUCUUUUAGGAAAGGCUGCAUAUCAUCUGGCUUAUUAGCUAUUUUAUUUAUUAGCUAUAUAUCUUUCCCUUCAUACAGGAACAUACAUAAUGUUCUCCAUAACAACAGCCCUUCGAACUAAGUUGGGCUGAAAUGUUAUAAUUGACCCAAAAUUGGCUAGUGGGCUUCCACAGCUGAAGGUGCGCUAGAACCUUCUAGAAUCUAGUCCAAUACCACAAUGGCUCUCCAAUUUUUACUGUUAGGCUGCUUAUUGGCUUUGGAUCAAUUUUGUAAGUUACCAUGGUCAUUUUAACUGUUUAUAUAUUGUCAUGCAUCUAAACAAAUUUCUAUUAAUUAAAUUAAAUUAAUCAUUUAAUUAAAGGAAUACCCUCCAGGGAACUUUUAUGGAUGUGGAUGGAUUUGAAUCUAUAUUUCCAUUUUCAGAGGCCUCAGUUGUAAUCCUCCACCUAAUUGAAUAUAACUUACAAAUAAUGUCUCCUGAAGUUGCUUUAAACAGAAUUUCUCCAUCACUUUCUCCUUUGAUUUCCAAUGUGGUCAGAAAUGGAAAAGUGGGAUUGGAUGCAACUAACUGUUUAAGGAUUACUGAUCUGAAAUCUGGCUGCACAUCUUUAACUCUUGGACCCAACUGUGAUCGAUUUAAAUUACAUAUUCCAUAUGCUGGAGAAACUUUAAAAUGGGAUAUAAUUUUUAAUGCCCACUAUCCUGAGUUGCCACCUGACUUUAUCUUUGGAGAAGAUGCUGAAUUUUUACCUGAUCCUUCUUCCUUACAUAAUUUGGCCUGCUGGAAUCCUUCAAAUCCUGAAUGUCUCCUGCUUGUUGUAAAGGAACUUGUACAACAGUAUCACCAGUUUCAAUGUAGCAGAUUACGUGAGAGCUCUCGGCUCAUGUUUGAAUAUCAAACAUUACUUGAAGAACCUCAGUAUGGAGAGAACAUGGAAAUUUAUGCUGGCAAAAAGAACAACUGGACUGGUGAAUUUUCAGCUCGGUUCCUUCUGAAAUUGCCAGUGGACUUCAGCAAUAUCCCUACCUACCUUCUCAAGGAUGCAAAUGAAGACCCUGGAGAAGAUGUUGCUCUUCUUUCAGUCAGUUUUGAGGAUACCGAAGCUACUCAGGUUUUUCCCAAAUUGUACCUUUCUCCUCGAAUUGAACAUGCUCUUGGUGGAUCGUCUGCUCUUCUCAUUCCUGCUUUUCCAGGUGGAGGCUGCCUCAUUGAUUAUGUUCCCCAAGUAUGCCAACUGUUAACCAACAAGGUUCAAUAUGUUAUCCAGGGUUACCAUAAGAGAAGGGAAUAUAUUGCAGCAUUUCUUAGUCAUUUUGGAACUGGAGUGGUAGAGUACGAUGCUGAGGGUUUCACAAAACUCACUUUGCUGCUGAUGUGGAAAGAUUUUUGCUUUCUUGUUCACAUUGACUUGCCACUGUACUUUCCUCGAGAUCAGCCAACAUUGACGUUUCAGUCUGUCUAUCAUUUUACGAAUAGUGGAGAACUAUAUUCUCAAGCCCAGAAAAACUAUCCCUAUAGUCCACGAUGGGAUGGCAAUGAAAUGGCCAAAAGAGCAAAGGCUUACUUCAAAUUAUUUGUCCCUCAGUUCCAGGAGGCAGCUUUUGCAAAUGGAAAACUCUAAAAAAAAGGGGGGGGGAAACAACCUCAUCCUGAGAAAAUGCCAAACAGAUUCUUGUGCCCACAUGCUUGUCAACAGAUUGCAAGAUAACUUCCUGAAGCCUGGGCUUCAGCAUUUAUUGGCGGAGGUUUCGCCUCUGCAGUUUCAUUGUGAUCGUCAUAGACCGACUGAAUGAGAACUUUGGCUGAUUGACUUCAAUACAGGGUCUUUUUUCCCCUCUAUUUUCUUUUCCUAUAUGCAGAAAUGUUGCUUCAUUACUUGCUUGGUGGAAGCUCAAAAUAUAUUGAAUAAAUGUGAUUUUUUCCCCUUCCUUUUAUUUUUUUUUCUAAAUUUCUUUUUCUAUGACAAUGUUUAGAGGUUUUAGGGUUUUUUCGUGAAUUUCUGCAUGCUGGAAUUUCUGACACAUUAAAAGCACACUGAAAAUAAAUGUACAAUAAAUCUGUCAUAUUAUGUCUGUCUCCUAAGUUGAUUCUCAUGGGAAAGAGAAGGUAUGCAAUCGGAUCAGCCAUCAGUUGCUACAAAAGUGGGCAUACCGUUUUUAGCAACUUUACUUGCAAAUCUUAUUGGAGGAUUUAGUUUCAUAUUUUGUUAAGUACCAGAACAUAACUUGGCAAAAACUAUUUAGUUACAAAGAUGCUACAGAAAUGUGCACUAUUUAAACAGAAGUGUUUACUAAUUUGUUAAUUCUGUGACAUUUCUACAUACAAUCCUCAUAAGAAAUAAAUAAUUGAAAUAAUAUAGAACAUUUCCAAUUUCUAGAUUUAUACUUUAUAACGAUUCAAGCUACAUUUUUCAUUUUAACUGACAUUAGAGAACCGUACUAUUACUGGAUGCAUCAUAAUUUCUAAUAUAAAAAUAGGACAUUCAGUGUUAGAUACAUUUUUUUUCUUUCCUUUGAUAUAUUUAGGCAAAUCACUUGCCUCUGACUAGUAAUAGAGUAACUUCCCAUAUUUGUAAAUAGCAUCAAGGAUUUUCCAAAUGGAAUAUAAAGUUCAUGAUAUUGUAGAUAGCAUAUUAGCCAUAUACCUUAUUUCUCCAGAGAGUUAGGAAAUGAACUAACAAACAAAUGCACCAACUGUUUGAAAAACUGUUAUUGUAUGAAUGCAAAACCUGAUAUUUCAAUAAACUGCAAUUUAGUGAA